GCGAUAACUUCCAUGGCCGAAACCUUGCAAAGGAUCUGCCCCUGUUUAAAUUCCGUGUGGAAUGUAAUCUUCCCCUCGAGGGCGACGAGCUCUGAGGAUGACGGAGGGAAACAUUUGCCGGAGCCUGGAGAUUCUCCUGUGUCUGAGCCGGAGGAGAGCUGGAGCAGCGUUUACACGGCGCUGUACGACUUUGGCGCCAGGACAAGUGAGGAACUGUCCUUUCAAGCUGGGGAUGAGCUUGAAAUCCUGGAGGGGGAUGACCGUUCAUCGGGAGCUUGGUUGUUUGCAAGAAAAAGAACUCGUUCCAAAGGCCGUAACUGCACGGGAUAUAUUCCUUUUAAUUAUGUUGCUAAGAAAGAAAGUGUGGCCACUGAGCCUUGGUAUGCUGGGAAACUAAGCCGGUCAGAAGCAAAAAUGAUUCUUCUCUCUAGCAAGACCAUAACUGGGUCUUUUCUUAUCCGUGAAAGUGAGAAUCAAGAAAACGUAUAUGCAUUAUCUGUACGAGAUGGUGACAUUAUAAGACACUAUCGAAUCAUGCAAAAUAAAGCUGGGACGUUUUGCCUGAAUACAAACAAGCAAUUUUCCAGUCUUAAAGAACUUGUGGAAUACUACAAAUUAAGUUAUCUUCGAUCAAACCUCCUACUAACUACACCUUUUCAGAAAAAACAUCGACCAAAUAUAAGAGAUUUGUCCUAUUUGACUAUGGAUGACUGGGAGCGACCAAGGAAAGAAUUCACACUCACAAAGAAAUUGGGAUCUGGACAUUUUGGAGAAGUAUAUGCUGGAUAUUGGAAUAAAACCAUUCAAGUCGCUAUCAAAAUGGUCCAUGUUGAUGUAAUGAAUCAGAAAGACUUCCAGGCAGAGACGCAGGUUAUGAAGAGGUUGCAUCAUCCAUAUAUAAUGUCUCUUUAUGCAGUAUGCACAACAACAGAUCCUUAUUACAUUGUAACUGAGCUAAUGAAAAAUGGCAGUUUGCUAAACUAUUUACGAAGCAAAGAAGGAUCAUAUUUAAAUAUGGACCAACUACUUGACAUGACUGUCCAAGUAGCAGAGGGAAUGUCAUAUUUGGAAUCCCAAAAUUAUAUCCAUCGAGAUUUGGCUGCAAGGAAUGUACUUGUUGGAGAAAACUGCAUUUGCAAAAUUGCUGACUUUGGAUUAGCCCGUUUGGUAAAGGAGGAUGUAUAUGUGUCUCAAUCAACUACAAUUCCAUAUAAAUGGACCGCCCCUGAAGCUGUAGAAUUUGGUCAUUUCUCUGUGAAAUCUGAUGUGUGGUCCUUUGGUGUUCUUCUUUAUGAAACAGUCACUCGUGGUAAAACACCUUACCCAGGUAUGAACAACCAAGAAGUAGUGAGCAUGGUUUCUAAAGAUUACCGAAUGCCUUGUCCUGAGGAAUGUCCAAGAAAAUUGUAUGAAAUAAUGCUUCAGUGCUGGAACAGAAAAGCACAAAAUCGCCCGUCAUUCAAGGCAUUAGUACAAAUGUUGGUGUCCUUCAACAAUUAUGAAGAUGCUGUUUGAACUGCUGAACAUUUAGAGUAUUUUCUGCCUGUAUCUCAGAUUUCCACUGGCAACAAUAUUCUACUUUUAUAUUUUAUUUUAAUUUAUACUUUUUUUUGUCCUCAAAACAAGUCAAGUGUGACAUUCCAGUUAUUGGAUAAACAAUUCUAAUUCACAUAGAAGCUGUUUCUAAUACACAACAACUUCUUCAAUCUGGAGAGCAUGUGACCAAGGCAUUUCUGAAUUUUGGAAUUUUCUGGAUUGUAGAAUAAAUUAGAAUGUCGAACAACAAGUGUGUGAACUGGAUUCAAGUCUGAACCCAAAACAUAAAACAUACUAAAACUAUGUUAAGACAUAACGGUGCAUGGUUUCAGAUCCAUAUUUUGAACAUAUGGGCCGAUGCUGCAACACACAUAGAUGUGGAAUAAUGUUGAGCAUCAUCAGCAGUUAAGCAACACAUUCCAUUAUGAACAUCAUUUAAAGUUUGUAAAUCACAAUGUAUUAAUAUAUUUGAAAACAUUUAAAUUUUACCUUAAGUUUUACCUAAUGAAUACACACAGAAUAAUCAAUCCCCGUCUGCCAAUUUUGAUGUCAGUGCCUGUAAAACAGAGUCACCAGAAUAGGGUAAUUGGCAAUGCAGCAGGUGGAAGGGACAGUAGAAACACAGCCAGAUUUGAAGCUGCCACUCAGCUACAUGACCUACCACAGAAAGGAAGCAGGCCAUUCAGCCCAUCAAGACAACACUGACCCUCUGAAGAGCAUCCCAGACCCACCCCCUUCCACAAAC